GUAGUACCAAAUCCCUCUUUACUCCUCAUUUUUAUUAGAAAGUCGCUUCCAAUUUAAACUCUUCCAUUUUUCUCUCGGGAAAAAGAAACCCUCGAUCUCAGGGGAAGGCAAGCAAACACCAUGGCCAAAACCUCGAAGCAACCGGCAUCAUCUGAUGAGGCGCUAUCCAACUCAUCCAGUUCGUCGUCGGAGCAGCAAAUCAACGAACAGAUCGAGGAGGAAGACGAGGAGGAGCUUGAAGCCGUGGCUCGUUCUGCUGAUUCCGAUGAUGAAGAAGCAGCAGAUGCUACUGGGGACGACGUCAACGCUGACGGUGAAGACGUUGAAGAGGAUGAAAACAACAAUGAAAUUAGCAAGCGCGAAAAGGAAAGACUAAAAGAAAUGCAGAAGAUGAAGAAACAGAAGAUUCAGGAAAUAUUGGACGCACAAAAUGCAGCUAUAGAUGCAGAUAUGAACAAUAAAGGAAAGGGGCGCUUGAAGUAUUUGCUGCAGCAAACUGAGUUAUUUGCUCAUUUUGCCAAACCUGAUCAAUCUACAUCCCAGAAAAAAGCAAAGGGAAGGGGUCGGCAUGCAUCCAAAUUAACUGAAGAGGAAGAAGAUGAAGAAUAUCUCAAGGAGGAAGAAGAUGGUUUGUCUGGGGCAGGAAACACACGCCUGGUUGCACAACCCUCAUGUAUUCAGGGAAAGAUGAGGGAUUACCAACUAGCGGGGUUAAACUGGCUUAUAAGACUCUAUGAGAAUGGUAUAAAUGGAAUCCUUGCAGAUGAAAUGGGUCUUGGUAAAACUUUACAAACGAUCUCCUUAAUGGGCUACCUGCAUGAGUUUAGAGGAAUAACUGGUCCUCAUAUGGUAGUUGCUCCAAAGUCUACACUUGGUAAUUGGAUGAAUGAAAUUCGUCGGUUUUGUCCAGUUUUGCGUGCUGUGAAGUUUCUUGGCAAUCCUGAUGAAAGGAAACAUAUACGUGAGGAAUUGUUGGUUGCGGGCAAGUUUGAUAUCUGUGUUACAAGUUUUGAAAUGGCAAUCAAAGAGAAGUCUUCUUUGCGUCGCUUUAGCUGGCGCUACAUAAUCAUUGAUGAAGCCCAUCGAAUUAAGAAUGAAAAUUCUCUUCUUUCAAAAACAAUGAGACUUUAUAAUACCAAUUAUCGUCUCCUCAUUACUGGUACUCCUCUUCAGAACAAUCUUCACGAACUUUGGUCUCUUCUGAACUUCUUACUGCCAGAGAUUUUUAGCUCAGCUGAAACUUUUGAUGAAUGGUUCCAAAUUUCUGGUGAAAAUGACCAGCAGGAGGUUGUACAACAACUACACAAGGUUCUUCGGCCAUUUCUUCUGCGAAGACUGAAAUCAGAUGUCGAGAAAGGUUUGCCUCCAAAGAAGGAAACCAUACUGAAGGUGGGCAUGUCCCAGAUGCAGAAACAGUAUUAUAGGGCUUUACUGCAGAAAGAUCUUGAAGUUGUCAAUGCUGGUGGAGAACGGAAACGUCUUCUGAAUAUAGCAAUGCAGCUUCGUAAAUGCUGUAAUCAUCCUUAUCUUUUCCAGGGUGCUGAGCCUGGUCCGCCAUAUACAACAGGAGAUCAUCUUAUUACUAAUGCUGGUAAGAUGGUUCUCUUGGAUAAGUUGCUUCCUAAGCUAAAAGAGAGGGAUUCCAGGGUUUUGAUAUUUUCACAGAUGACUAGAUUACUUGACAUUCUUGAAGACUACUUAAUGUUUCGCGGCUAUCAGUAUUGUCGAAUUGAUGGGAAUACUGGUGGAGAGGAUCGUGAUGCUUCCAUUGAUGCCUUCAACAAACCGGGGAGUGAGAAAUUUGUCUUCUUGUUGUCUACUAGAGCUGGAGGACUUGGGAUUAAUCUUGCUACUGCAGACGUUGUUAUACUUUAUGACAGUGAUUGGAAUCCACAAGUGGAUUUGCAAGCACAAGAUCGUGCUCAUAGGAUUGGUCAAAAGAAAGAAGUUCAAGUAUUCAGAUUUUGCACAGAGUAUACCAUCGAGGAAAAAGUUAUUGAAAGGGCUUAUAAGAAGCUUGCACUUGAUGCUUUAGUGAUUCAACAAGGACGGUUAGCAGAGCAGAAAACUGUCAAUAAAGAUGAGCUGCUUCAAAUGGUGAGGUUUGGUGCUGAGAUGGUUUUCAGCUCAAAGGACAGCACAAUUACAGAUGAAGACAUUGAUAGAAUUAUUGCUAAAGGAGAAGAGGCAACAGCAGAGCUUGAUGCCAAGAUGAAGAAGUUCACAGAAGAUGCCAUAAAAUUCAAAAUGGAUGACACUGCUGAAUUAUAUGAUUUUGAUGAUGAUAAGGAUGAGAACAAGUUUGACUUCAAGAAGAUUGUCAGUGAGAACUGGAUUGAACCGCCGAAGAGAGAAAGAAAGCGCAAUUACUCUGAAUCUGAAUACUUUAAGCAAACAAUGCGCCAAGGUGGCCCAGCAAAGCCAAAAGAGCCUCGAAUUCCCCGCAUGCCUCAAUUGCAUGAUUUCCAGUUUUUCAACACACAAAGAUUGAGCGAGUUGUAUGAAAAAGAAGUACGCUACCUCAUGCAAACCCAUCAAAAGAAUCAGUUGAAAGACACAAUUGAUGUGGAUGAACCUGAAGAGGUUGGAGAACCUUUGACUGCUGAAGAAUUGGAAGAAAAGGAGCGACUGUUGGAGGAGGGGUUCUCUUCAUGGAGCAGAAGAGACUUCAAUACCUUCAUUAGGGCUUGUGAGAAGUAUGGUCGGAAUGACAUAAAAAGUAUUGCUUCUGAAAUGGAAGGAAAAACAGAGGAGGAAGUUGAAAGAUAUGCUAAAGUUUUUAAAGAGCGAUAUAAAGAGUUGAAUGACUACGAUAGGAUCAUUAAAAAUAUUGAGAGAGGAGAGGCUAGAAUUUCCCGCAAGGAUGAGAUCAUGAAAGCAAUUGGCAAGAAAUUGGAUCGCUACAAGAAUCCAUGGCUUGAAUUGAAGAUCCAGUAUGGUCAGAACAAAGGGAAGCUGUACAAUGAAGAAUGUGAUCGUUUCAUGAUUUGCAUGGUUCACAAGCUUGGUUAUGGGAAUUGGGAUGAGUUAAAGGCUGCAUUCCGUACAUCGCCUUUGUUCCGCUUUGACUGGUUUGUGAAGUCUCGCACAACUCAAGAACUAGCAAGGAGAUGUGAUACCCUAAUUCGGUUGGUGGAAAAGGAAAACCAAGAAUAUGAUGAGAGAGAGAGACAGGCACGGAAAGAGAAGAAGCUCGCAAAGAACAUGACACCAUCGAAGCGUGCUAUGGGAAGGCAAACUGAGAGUCCCACUUCACUAAAAAAACGAAAGCAAUUAUCAAUGGAUGAUUAUGUGACCUCAGGAAAGAGGAGAAAGUAAUUUGGCACAGGCCUAUUAUUAUUAUUUUUUUUUAAUUUUAAUUUUUUUUAUUAUCAGAGCACAGGUGCCGAAAUUUCUGGUAUUUCAGUGCAUCAGAAGUAUCCCACUGAUAAUGUUCUGUAUCCCCUUAUUUUUGUUCACUCAGGGUCAGAAUCAAUUUAUCUGCAACAUAUGGAUGAGAUUAGAGCUUGUUUAGAGUAUGAACUAACAAAAUUCUAUGUAUUUAUUUAAGGUUAGUGUUGUAUUAAGGGUACGUUUUGUAAUGAUUAUAUUAUUAAUUUGCCUUUGAGUAUUUAGUGAAUUGUGGCUUCAAGUCUGAAA